AUGCGAAACACGGAGGAGCACGGCCACGUCCUCCAAGCUCUUCUCUGUCACGACGACAACCCCCCGGGACGGCCCCGCCGCGCACCGAACCCGCGCCCGCCGCCGCUCCCCUUAAGGUGGCCCGGCUACGGAGGGGCCGCCCGAACGCGAAACCUCGCUUCCCCGGAGCGGGCGGGUGAAAGCAGCGAGUCCCCCUCGGGGCCGCCCCACGGCCCCCGGGAGCGGAGGUCAGCGGGCAGCCGGGCGGCCUCCGCCCGCGGUGCGGCUGGACAGAGGGCGGCCCGCGGCCUUGCGCGACAGCGCCUGCGCAGGGAGCCAGGCGCGCGCGUGGCGCCUCAGCCCUCUCAGGCCCUGCCGGCUGCCUCCGGCGCGGCCCCACCGCCAGGAGCGGCGGAUUCCCGCGGGCGGGCGGCCGGCGGGAGCCACCGCGCUGCGCUUCAGCUCCUCUGCCGCGCCGGGGACCGGCGUUGCUCUCUCGGACGGCGGCCCGAGCGGGUCACGCAGCCUUCGGCGGCUGCACGCGGCUCCUCAGCGAGUCACCGCCUUCGCCGCCGGGCGGACGCGAAAGCUCGGGGAGGCCGGUUCCAGCUGGGCCGCGGCUCCUGGAGCUCCGGCUGGGCUGCAGGACACUCGCCGGGGGCGGCCGCGGCGCGGGCCACCGAGCCGAACCUCGGUUCCUCCCUGGCACCAGCUCGAACCGACCGGCCGCGCACACCUGCGGCGGGAGCUGCCCUAUCGGUGGCCGCGCCGGCCCCCGCGGGGAAGUGUUCACCUGCCCGGGAGCGGGGCUGCUCCCCGCAGUCCCACGGGGAACUUCAGCUGCCGACCGCUCCCAGCUGCCUGCGCUGCAGGAACCCCCGCUGUGCCAGUCCCACACUUCUUCCCUGCUCUUUAGCCCUAGCCGUGACCCUAGCAGAAGAACAGCAGUAG